CAAACUUGGUUUCUAAUAAGAAUAGAUAAAUAUUAAGUCUUGAAAAUCUAUCUUUUAGGGUUAUUUUAAUUUUUAUUAGAAGUCUAUUCAUAUAAAAGAGAGAAAGUUGAGGGAGAGAGAAUUUCAAUACUUUUACGUUAGCUUGCAUCAGUCUUCUCGGGAAAAAAUUCCUCGCAAGAGUCCAAUUAUGGAGGUGACACAGCCGCAGUCCAAUGCUUCUGUUACCGCUACUCGUCAACCUCGAACAGACCCCAUCAAUGACAACAACAGAAAGAACUUCAUUGAUAUUGAUUAUUUUAAUUCUUUUCCACCCGGGUAUAGGUUUCGCCCUUUGGACGGAGAGCUUGUCGUUCAUUACUUGAAAAACAAGAUAGCCAAUCAACCCUUGCCUCCAAACAAGAUCAUGGAGGUUAAACUUUAUGAGUACAAUCCCGAGAAGCUUGCAGAGGAGUAUUGGCAAUGUGGGGAGACAGAAUGGUACUUUUUUACACCAAGGGACAAGAGAUAUCCAAAUGGAAGUAGACCAAAACGAGAUGCCGGUGGUGGAUACUGGAAGGCAACUGGAGGGGAUAAAGCUGUUAAAUAUAAGGGUGCUGUGGUUGGAUAUAGGAAGGCACUUGUUUUCUACAUGGGAAAGCCUCCAAAUGGUACAAAGACUAACUGGAUUAUGCAUGAAUAUAGGGUCAGUGAUGCCCCUCCAAGAAUCAAAGCAAGUGCCGAUGAUAUGAGGGUAAUUAAAUAAAUAUUUAAAUUUCUUGUUUGUUGUUCAUUAAUUUUUCUUUUGUUUGAUUAAUUCUCUUUUCUUUUUCUGUGCAGUUGGAUAAUGUGGUUUUAUGCAAGAUAUAUAAGAGGGAUGCGAAAGACAAUUUGAGAAGUCGACUUUCAAAUGAGGAACAAUCUGCAGAGUUUGAUGAUCAAACUGCUGAUGUUGUUAGGGAUGUUGACAAAAAUAGCGAUCCUCCAGCCUACACAAACGCCCUUAAUGACAAUAAGCAAAUUGUUUCAAUCCCAAUCCAAGAGAAUCCAAGUGCAUUUUAUGAAGAUCCUCCUUAUGUUCCAAUCAACAAUCAUGAUCAUCACCAAGCAAUGUUAGAAGCUGCCAAUUAUCAACGAGCAAUGUUUGCAGCUGCCAACUAUGGAUCUUAUCGAACUUAUGCUACUGGUAUGACACCACCAAUGCCUGAACCUGUUCAGAUAUAUCCCCCAGAGGACAUCCAGAUACAUCCCACAGAGGACAUCCAGAUACAUCCCACAGAGGACAUCCAGAUACAACCCACAGAGGACAUCGUAUCUAAAUAUCUGAAUGAGAAUUCUUGUGAGUUCGAGCUAUCACUAUCACCGGAUGAUUGGGAUAUUAUUUCCAAUUGUCUACUAUAGUUAGUAAUUAGUUAUAUACAGUGAUUGACCAUCAUCUGAUUUGAAAUUAUUUAGUCAUUUGGUGAUCAACUUAUGUAUAGGAUGAUGAUAACUGGUUAGUUAGCAGGGAACAUCCAGUUUUGUAAAUUGAAUUUGCUAGAAUCAAUGGAAAAACAAUAACCAAUGUCCAUUUA